AUGCCUUCGGCCAUUGUGAUUAAGCAGGUUCCAGGCAAGCCAGGACAGGUCUACUACCCGCUAGAAAAGAUCAUUGUGCCUGAGUCCACGCCCAAGGAAAAUGAGGCCGUCAUAACCCUCACAGCAGCCGCCCUCAACCACCGCGACCUCUUUAUCCGCCAACACCUCUACCCCGGCACCACCUUUGGCGUACCUCUUCUUGCAGAUGGUGUCGGCAUCGUCAAAAGCACAGGCUCUUCGGCGACAGCCAAGCCAUGGCUCAACAAGCGCGUCAUACUGAACCCCGGCACAGGCUGGAAGGACAGCCUCGACGGGCCAGAGCACCCAAAGGGGUACUCGAUCAUGGGCGGAACCAAGACCAAUCCCGUGGGCACACUCCAAGACGAGUGCGUGCUCGACGCAGGGGAACUAGAAGAAUGCCCCGAGCACCUGAGUGACGAAGAGGCUGCUGCGCUUCCCCUCACAGGAUUGACCGCAUGGCGCGCAUUCCACGUCAAGAGCGGCAAUGCCGUUGCUGGCAGGAACAUUUUGGUCACGGGCAUUGGCGGCGGCGUCGCCCUCAUGGUGCUGUCUUUUGCCGUCGCCUGUGGAUGCAACGUCUACGUCACCAGCGGGAACCAAGACAAGAUCGACAAGGCUGUCAAGUUGGGCGCAAAGGGCGGUGUUAUUUACAAGGAGAAAGAUUGGGACAAGAAGCUGCAGGCUAUACUGCCAAAGGAUAGGCCGUAUCUUGAUGCUAUUGUCGAUGGUGCUGGCGGCGAUGUUAUCAAGGUUGGAAGCAAGCUUCUCAAGGUUGGCGGUGUUAUCUCUGUCUACGGCAUGACCGUCUCUCCCAAGAUGGACUUCCUCAUGUCCGCCGUGCUGCGCAACAUUGAAGUUCGUGGCUCUACUAUGGGCUCGCGCAAAGAGUUUGCAGAAAUGGUCCAAUUUGUUCGUGACACAAAGAUGAAGCCAGUCGUAAGUCGUAGUGUGCACGGAUUGGAUAUCGAGAAGAUCGACACGCUCUUUGAGGAUAUGAAGAACGCCAGCCAGUUUGGAAAGUUGGUUAUUACUCUUGGGAACGAGAAAGCAAGUAAGUUGUGA